UGACGCCACGUUGCUAGGAAACAAGGCUUCCGUUACCAGCGUGCUUGGUUACAGCUGCUCAACCAAUCGUAUUUCAAGGUUAGUAUGACUGACAUGUCAAAGGGGCGGGUCAAUGUGAAGGAGGCGGGGCUAGAUAGAGGAAGACGCUCGAGCACAUCAACCAAAACAAAAGCGAUCCAACGAAAUAUUUCGCGAUUAAACUGACCAGAUGGUUUGCUGAUGAUGUCGGCCUUCCCAUCCUCCUCCUCCAAGAGUCUGACCUCCACCCCGCUGAAAUCCAGCGUCCCGCAGCGCAGCCGAAGCGUGGAGUCCACCGGAGACUCGACGUCCUCUCUGCUGUCACCCAUCUAUCACGACAGCUUUGAGCUUUCAGACGAGGAACCAGAGCCAGAUCAGCCUCAGCGCGUUCACAACAUCACCGUCACGUUAGCCGAAGAUGUCUCUCCCUCCAGGGAUGAGGUGGACUCAACAGGCCUGGAAGACAGAUCUUCCAGUGGGAACUUCAGACUGAGUGCCUGGGAGCAGUGGAUUGUGGAGAAAGCCAAAGAGGAGCGUGUCAGAAAACAGCAGAAAGCUAUGGAGGAGCUCACGCUGAAGGAAAAAGAGGAAGAGCAGAAGAAAAACCAGCAGAUGAAGAAAGUCGUCUGCGAUUGCAAAAUUCAAGAGUGGCUGCGAAUGAAACGAGAGCAGGAAAAGAAAGAGAGAGAGUCCAAAGAGUUUCAGAAAAGCAAAGAACAGCUUCAAGAGGAGAAAAGACGUGCUGAGAUUGAAGAGAAAGCCCAGGAGAAAUAUAAGGAGUGGAUGCGGAAGAAGAGGCAAGAAGAAACAGAGAGAAAGCUAAAAGAGAAGGAAGAGGCAGCCAGAAGAGAAGCGGAAGAGAGGGAGCGCAAAGAAAAGGCGGAGGAAAGCUUUAAAGAAUGGCUUGACGGUGUAAAAACGAAAGGAAAACUGAGCCGGCGAUCAUCAGCAUCCUCAGCCGGCAACUAUAACAAUGUGAACUAUCCCGCUCCGAGCUUCGUCAACCCCAUUCCCUGGAAACCCAUCCACGUUCCUCAGGAAGACAGAACGCCCAGGAAAAGUUCAGCGCGUAAGAGAACGGCUAAAAGCCAGUCGAGCCGCCGUCUCACACACACACCUAAAGACACCAUGGGUUUGGCUCGCAGGAGACGCUGACAUCUGCUGGUCUCAGUCCAGUAUUAACUCUUCUGA